CGGGCCGGGCGGAGGGACACGCGCGGCUGAAGCGGCCGGCGUGCGGGCGGAGGCCUAGCGGGUCCCCGCGCGGGACGGGACGGGGCGCCGCGCGAGGCCCGGGUGCUGAGGAGGCCCCGCGAGGCGGACGAGGCCGCUGCCACCUCGGCGCGCCACCGACGCCCCAGCCCACGGAGCCGCGCAGGCGGCCUAGGCCGAGUGCGCGCCCCGCCGCUUUGUGUCUGCGAGAUAAGGAUCGGCGCUUAUCGGUGGGAAUUACACUCCGGCCCGCGGCGACCCGCCCCUGCGCCCGCCGGUCCGACCCACCGCCGUUCUGGGGACGCCGCCGAGGCUCUGGCGCUGCGCUAAACUUAGUAUGGUGGGCUCAUAACUUGAGGUUUGAUCAUCCUGGCAUGUACUCCACGGAAGACAGGACAAGUAGAAAUACUUAAGUCUGCUAACUUCCCUUAUUUGCAUCUUCCUAUUCCCUGAGAGUUGUGUGAAGAGUUAGAUCUGUGACUCUAGAGGAGCUGUGGGCACCUGCUCUGUUGGAGCUUUCCUGCCGACAGUCCUAGGUGCCUGUGGAGGAGGACAGAGACGUCUGCCAUAUCUUCAGGAGCUGGAGGAGUUUGUGACCCAUCUGAUUUGGGUGUCGGAAUCCUGGGCAAGGGCACCUUCGAGUCAUCUUUUUUAACCUCUGAGCUGUCAUUCCCAUCCUAAGAUGCCUGUGAAGAAUUUUGGAGAAAAAAUGGACUUGUCCUAAUGAAGAAGCAUAUGGGAUCCUUAAAGUUAAAUGUCACUCCCCCUCCACUGGGACCUUGUGCUUGAGGCCUGCAUGUGACUCUUCUCCUGUGAUUCUGCUUUUCGUGUCUACUGACUUUGAUUACAGGAAAGGCUCUGACGAUUCGUAUCAAAUGACGUCAAUGGCCAGCCUGUUUUCUUUCACUAGUCCAGCCGUGAAGCGAUUGUUGGGCUGGAAACAAGGUGAUGAGGAAGAGAAAUGGGCAGAAAAGGCCGUGGAUGCUUUAGUGAAAAAGCUGAAGAAGAAGAAGGGCGCCAUGGAGGAGUUGGAGAAAGCCUUGAGCAGCCCAGGACAGCCAAGCAAGUGUGUCACUAUCCCCAGGUCCUUGGACGGCCGUUUGCAAGUCUCUCACAGGAAAGGCUUGCCCCACGUUAUAUAUUGCCGUGUUUGGCGCUGGCCGGAUUUGCAGAGCCAUCAUGAGCUAAAGCCUUUGGAUAUUUGUGAGUUUCCUUUUGGAUCGAAGCAAAAAGAAGUUUGUAUCAAUCCAUACCACUAUAAGAGAGUGGAGAGUCCAGUCUUACCUCCAGUGUUAGUGCCUCGUCACAACGAAUUCAAUCCCCAGCACAGCCUUCUGGUUCAGUUCAGGAACCUGAGCCACAAUGAGCCGCACAUGCCCCAGAAUGCCACGUUUCCUGAUUCCUUCCACCAGCCCAACAGCACUCCUUUCCCCUUAUCUCCUAACAGCCCCUAUCCUCCUUCCCCUGCUAGCAGCACAUAUCCCAACUCCCCUGCAAGCUCCGGACCAGGAAGUCCAUUUCAACUCCCAGCUGAUACCCCUCCCCCUGCCUAUAUGCCACCUGACGAUCAGAUGGGUCAGGAUAACUCCCAGCCUAUGGACACAAGCAACAACAUGAUUCCUCAGAUCAUGCCCAGCAUAUCUAGCAGAGAUGUUCAGCCUGUUGCCUAUGAAGAGCCCAAACACUGGUGUUCGAUUGUGUACUAUGAACUGAACAACCGUGUCGGGGAAGCUUUCCAUGCGUCUUCCACCAGUGUGUUAGUAGACGGGUUUACAGACCCUGCCAAUAACAAGAGCCGCUUCUGCUUGGGGCUGCUGUCCAACGUUAAUCGCAACUCAACCAUCGAGAACACCAGGCGGCACAUCGGGAAAGGUGUCCAUCUAUACUACGUUGGUGGGGAGGUGUAUGCCGAGUGUCUUAGUGACAGCAGCAUCUUUGUUCAGAGUAGGAACUGCAACUUUCACCAUGGCUUCCACCCCACCACCGUCUGUAAGAUUCCCAGCAGCUGCAGCCUCAAAAUUUUUAACAAUCAGGAGUUUGCUCAGCUUCUGGCUCAGUCAGUCAACCAUGGGUUUGAGGCUGUGUAUGAGCUCACCAAGAUGUGUACCAUUCGAAUGAGUUUUGUCAAGGGCUGGGGAGCAGAGUACCACCGACAGGAUGUAACCAGUACUCCAUGCUGGAUUGAGAUUCACCUCCAUGGGCCUCUGCAGUGGCUGGAUAAAGUCCUGACCCAGAUGGGCUCUCCGCUGAACCCCAUUUCUUCUGUUUCAUAGUGCAGAAGUAUUCUUUUCAAUUAUAUUUUUAGUGGACUUGUUUUAAUUUUAGAGGAAUUUCCAGCACAGAUACUGUGAGCUGACAUGGAAAAACAGAUAUUAUGGCUUAUUUUUUCUACGUAAUUGUGACCAACACAUUUGUAUUUUAUGAUAUUACAUUUGUUUGUAUUCGUGUUCAUUGUGAUUAACUUUCAAAAGUAUUGUAAACGACAUAGAGUGUUUUGCCCCUGUUGAAAAGUUCAGCAAUGAUCUUAAACUGGAGAGUGGUUCCUGUCCCAACAGUGUGUAACUUGUUAACUUUUACACGGUAGUGCCUCACAGAAUGGAGUCGUAUCCUUUAGAGAGCAUGUAUUGUGGGAAGGAGUAGACGACGUUGCUCUGGUAAUCUCUUUACCCUACCACCUUUGAAAAAGCAUAUGUUGUUUUACAAAAACUUAAAGUAGGGACUUACAGGAAACUAUUGAAUCUUAUUUGAAGGACACUGCAGUCCUAACAUGGUGUUCAGUGAAAGCAAGGUGGUAGAUUUCUGGACGUCAUACAUUUACAUUUAAUAUUGCUAAGUGUUCGUCAGUGUAAUGUGACUUCAUGCUAUAUAUCUUUUGUAAAACAUUUCCUUUUAAAAAAAUCUCCAGUAUUUGUCUUUACUCAAAUUUGUCAUAAGUUCCACGUAACAUGAGUCACCGUGGCUCUGCGGCCUUGUUCAGCUUCGUCUGCUGCUUUGGGCCGGUGUUUCAAGAGCUCCACUGUGCACCAGCCUUUUCACUUUGCACUUUUGUGGGUGACUGACUGUCUUAGUGUAACCAUGGGUGACUGACUGUCUUAAUGUAAAAGACUGUCGGGUGGCCUGGUCUUCCUUCCCCUUUGCUUCCUAGGCUCUCCUUUGUACCAUACUACCAUUCAGAGUUGGCAGCUGUAGGUGGUGCUGCCUUCUCAAGCUGUAGUUAUAAUCUAGUUAGAAUGCUGUCACUCUGUAGUUAUAAUCUAGUUAGAAUGCUGUCACUCUGUAGUUAUAAUCUAGUUAGAAUGCUGUCACUCUGUAGUUACAAUCUAGUUAGAAUGCUGUCACUCUGUAGUUACAAUCUAGUUAGAAUGCUGUCACUCUGUAGCUCCAGCUGAGGUGCCUGUUAACUCCCUAGUGGUAUGGGUGUUGUUGCUAUUGAAAGAUGGUGUGUGGACACCUUUGCUCUCUACCAAGCUUGUCAUACAAGGGCCGGCAACAUAGCCAUCAGAGCUCUUCAGUGGGCCCAGGAGUCAGGCUGUUGGUGUAAAUGAGUCACAGCAGGGCUGGGACGGUUUGUGUCACAUGUCAGAGAGCAGAGUGUCUCUGCGUCAGCGCUCUGCCUCUUUCUUUUAUCCUUUUAGAACUACAUGGGUGCUAAUCUCCAGAACACUGUCAGGCGUGAACACUCUUAAGACACCCAUUUAGUUCACUGUGCCUUGGCCAUAGGACUUGUAACCACUUUCUAGGGAGCGGUUGGAUGAACAGUUAUGGCCUGAGAACGGAGACACUACUUUGACAAAGAAAAGGGCCUACCUUGCCCAUCAGAGUGAGAGAAUUUAUUUCCUGGUGCCUUUUGAAGAUAUGCAGAAGAUAUUCUCACUCUGCUGAGAAUGCUAUCUUGGCUUGACUUUCAUAGUGCCCUUCCUGCCUCUGUGAGGAAAACAGCUUCUUUGGAGGGUGGGGGUUCCUUUUGUUUUCUGUGUCAUUAUGUAUUGACUUUCAGAGUGUAGCCGUGGGGCGGCUUUGCUCCUUCCGAGGGGUGCCUUGCUGGCCUUCAGUAGCUUGGGCUGUAAGCAUAACUCUUCCACAGUGUGAGUGUGUCAGCCCCAGGAAAGAGAUGGCCACUUCACACUGGAGCACAGAGGCUGUUCCUUGUUCCUGUACUUUGCAGGCUCUUGGCAGCCUUUAAGAACAAGCUGGUAGGAAUGUGUCUUGUUGAAUGGCAGGGGAUCCUUGUCUGUGAUUUCUGCUGAGGUCUGGAAACAGGUGCCUUGCUUGUUCCUUUGCCAACAGUGGGCUACAUGUCGCUUCUGCACAGUCAUCACAUCACAGGCCUCAGGCUUGCAGAUCCUGUGUGAUUGGCCGUCUGUGCAAGUGGCAGGACUGAAGCUCUUAGCUGUUCUGAGUUUCAUGGAGAAACCCCAGCCUGUUCUGCGGUCUGUAAAUGGGAGACUGUAGUGCCUGCUCCUGUACUGUCUAAGGAUAUACAGACGUCUGUGGGUAGGAGAGUGUUGGGGAGAGAAAGACAGCAAGUGCGGAUUCUUCCGCAGAGCAGAGAACAGGGAGUAGGACCUCUGAAGAAGCUUCCCACCACACCAGACCCAGUGCUGGUUCAGUCUCUGUCCUGAGAUGGCUCUCGUGGAGCCCAGGCUGGCCCUGAGCAUGCUGAGUUGCAGAUGGCGGCCAUCAGUUCCCCACCUCUGAAGUGCUAGGGUGACGGCCAUGCACCAUCAUAGCCAGCUCCUGUGGUGCUGAGACCCAGCCUCAGACUUCGUGUGUGCUGGGCAAGUACUCUGCCAGCCCACCGACGUCCCUAGGUCAGCACUCACACUUUUAGCAGACAAAAUAAAUUAAUACCUGCCAGGGAAAAAGAUAGGUUUGCAAAUAAUAAUAAAGUUUGCCCUCAGUUGGAUAAAUGGAAGAAACAAAUCUCAGCCAUGAAUUACAGCAACAAGGUGCUGCCUAGAGAGAGCAGAACCAAGAGGUGCGUUUGCUGAUGUCACCAAACUGGAUUUAAGGGCUGUAAGUAGGCAUGCUGUGGGCCUCCCAGAAUUAGAGAAAAUUGGAGGAGGAAAUCAGUUUUAAACAAGCAAAACCUGGGUAAUGGUGGCGCCUGCCUUCAGUUCAGCACUCUGGAGGCAGAGGCAGGCAGGUUUCUGAGGGCGACCUGGUCUGCAGAGCGACUUCUACACAGAGGAACUCUGUCUUGGAGGAAAAAAAGAAAAGCAAAACAGUAAACAAACAGAACAGGAUAUGAAUCGCACACACAAUAACUUUCUAUGUUCCAUGGUUGCUGGUAAGAAGUAGUCAGGCGUGGCUGAGUCGCUAAGGUGAGUCCAGGAGUAAGGUUGCUUAGGAGAACACUCGACAGUCCACACCAAUGGUGCAGGGAGGAAGUGUGCUGUUCUCGGGACGUUUGGCAGGUUAGACACCCUUCGGGGACGAGAAUGGCAGUAACAUUGCAAUGGGAAGUGAACUGUAAAAGUUGGGGGUUACCUCAGUCUCCCUGUUGCCUGAGAGGACUGUGGGAAGCGUUUCCAUCCCUGCCCAUGGUGCCCAUCGGAAGAGAGAGUGGAUGAAGAAGUGAAGUCUGGUUCAGGAUACGCCUGUCAACGGUGUCAUUUGUGCUCCUGCUGCGGAGAGCACCGAGUGGCUCAGCUCUGUAUCCUCCCAUCUUGUUUGGUCACUUCCCUGGCAGCACUUGAGUCCCUGUCACUGGUCUCUCUUAAAGUCCUGUCUCUUUGCUUCGAAGACUCUUAAAAGUUACUAUUCUUUAUUUCUUUUUAAAAGUUGGUUGUUGUCUGGAGACACGGUCUCUCUGUACAGUCCUGGCUGGCCUGGAAGUUACUGUGUAGGCUAGCCUUGAGCUUGAAGUGAUUCUCUUGCCGCUGCCUCUGGGUUCUGGGAUCACAGGCGUACACCACCACGUACAGUGCCCUCUCAUGACUUUUAGAAUCCAGCCCCUGGUGACGGUUUGGUUUUAGAUCUGUUAGCUUUGUCUGAAUUCCUCUUUGUCCUGCCGAGUAAAUCCUCUGCUCUCCUCAGCAGAAAUGCGUGUUCUCGAUACACACACAGCUAAAUAGUGAUGGUUUAUAGGUGGCCUCUGCUAUUAUGUAGAGCAUCUUUUUUGAAAGUAAUCUCCAGUUAGGUGGGCAUUUCCCUCACAGCAGUAGGAUUUUCCCCUUUGGGAGAAACCAGUUAUUAGAAGUUUUUCUUGUUAAAAUAAUGCUCUUAUGAGAAGAAAAAUUAAGGCAUUUGUUCUGCACUAACAGACUUCUAUUUGAUGGACACCUUGGACAGGUCUGUGGACUUGGGUGGGUUCCAGCGUGCUGAUAAGAAGGGUAACAGGAUUUAAUAGUGUCCUCAGGCCUUGCGUUCCUGGGGCACUCAAGAAAGAGUUCAUCACCCUGUCUAGGGCUGUAGGUCAGCGGUAGAGACUUAGCAGGCAUGAAGUCCAGUGUGCAGUGCCCAGCACUGUACAAAACUCGGGACACACCUACAACUGGAUGGUAUGCCAGACGCACAGAGGAAAUGCACAGCGAUGUGUUUAAAACGCAAGAAUGAAUACACGUUAGAACAUUGAGCUGGUGAUGGUGGCUGUUUAGUAAUGACCUCUUCCCCAGCAAAGAGCGUCCAAGAGCAGAGUGUCCCCAGCAGAGAGAAGGCAUUGGUGUACUUGUCCAGGUAACUUAGGUUUUAAAUCAGCAUAAGUAGUUAUUCUUUAAGGAUUUGUUUGAAGUUGCUCUUUUUGAGAAGUUGAGAGUUUUGUGUGCAGCUGGGCACAUGCUUGCCCCGCCCUGCCUUAAACCAUGACUUUCCUACUGUGAACCGGUGUCAGCCACACCAACACUCCAGGUAGGCCUGAGAGUCCCGAGCCCUUUCGAAGAAGGAAGGUCUUGAAGAGCGGCUGUGCUCUUGCGCUACCGUUGGCUGAGCUGCUGCUUGGCCGAGUCGUAGGCAUGGCGGUUGGGCACUGUGCUCUCUACGCGGCCAGCUGCAGUGUGCCCUCCCCGAGGACGAUACUUCACAUGAGGAUGUGGAGCCGAGGGAUGGCCGCACCGCAAGUCUGCUCACAAGUACUGGUUCUGCUUUCUUCACGUCCUAGAAGACUAAACUAGCAGUGUGCUUCAGCCCUGCUACCUUUUGAUACAUAUAAAAAUGUACUAGGUUUUACUAUAUACUGUGCUUCUCAAAGCCAUAACUCUUAAGAAACUUGUUUUUGCAUAUUGUUUGCUAAUACUUUGUUUUAAUAAACUUCAAAGGCUG